CAGGUCACUUUCAACAUGGAGAGUGGAGCAGGGAAGCAUUGGACUGAGGAGGAGGUUAAAGCCUUGUUAAGCGUCUGGUCAGAAAAAAACAUCAGAAAGCAACUCCAUGGCACCCUGAGGAAUAAAGGGAUAUUUAUCUACAUUGCUAAACGGUUGCAGGAGUUAGGAGUUUGCAGGGAUUGGAAACAGUGCCGUGCAAAGUACAAAAACCUCAAGUAUGAAUACAGAACGGUUAAAUAUGCCCACAACUCUGGGGAUGUCACUAAAACCAUGAAGUUUUUCCAUGACCUGGAUGCCAUAUUGCGAUAUGAACCUGUCACACAAUUAGCGGCAGAAGAGAACGGCAUGUGUUCUGUGACUGAGGCGCAGCUGAACACGAGCCCCACAGCCGAGAGCACGCAAGGUGAAAUAUCAAUUUCUUUAGAAGAUGAUGAGGAUGCUCCAGGAGAUCCACUACUUUUUAUGUCUCAUGUCAGACCUGUCCAACUAGGUAAUCCAGCGUCAGCAAUAGAGGCUUCCAAAACAUCGACUUUUAUCCCAACAGUAGCAAAUGAAGGAGGAAAACACUGGACUGUUAAUGAAGUCAGAGCUUUGAUACGCAUAUGGUCAGACAAAAAUAUUCAGCAGCAACUAGAGGGGACAGUGAGAAAUAAAAGAAUAUUUGAACAGGUUGCUGCUAGACUUCAAAAGUUCGGGAUUGACAGGGACUGGAAGCAGUGCAGGACUAAAUACAAAAAUCUGAAACAUGAAUACAAGAGUGUAAAAAGUGCCCAAGACUCAGGGACUGCAAGAAAAAGUAUGAAAUUUUUUAAAGAACUGGAUGCUAUUCUGGGCCACAGCACCAUGGAACAAGGAAGUAAAUCACAUAAUGAUGAAAGUGAGAGGCCUCCAGAAGGGACAGAAGCAAAAUCAGAAAAGAACUCCAUAGAAAUGCCUGGAGACACAGGUGAAGAGGACACUGUUAGUAAUAUGUCAGAAGACCUACGGGUUGCAGAUAUAAAGAAAUUUUCUGACUCAGAAAUCCUUGAAGAUGAGGGGGAUUUUGCCAAUUCCACUCCGGCAGCUCUGGCAGCUACACAAAUAAAGAAGGAGACAAUUGACAUAGAUGAUGAUUCUAUAAGCACUACCUCAGAAGACAGAUCUUGUACACCAGUAGCAAAACGGAUGGUUGGGACAGACAGUCACGUUCCCUUGGAAGAAGCACAAAAUCACUUUAAGGUUAUUACAAUUAACGAUACUGGAGCAGGAAAACACUGGAGUGAUAAUGAAGUCAGAGCUCUGAUAAGCAUUUGGUCAGAUGAAAAGAUACAACAAAUGCUUGAAGGGGCCACAAGAAAUAAAGAAAUUUUUGAGGAAAUCGCCCGAAGGUUAAUGAAACGUGGCAUAGACAGAGACUGGAAACAGUGCCGCACAAAGUACAAGAACCUAAAAUAUGAAUACCGUGCACUGCAGAAGGAAAAUGAGCACCUUGGUAAUCCCAGGAGAAAAAUGAGAUUCUACGAUGAAGUUGACUGUAUCUUAAGAAGACAGCCGCUGGGUCCCGCUGGCUGGGGAUGUGAAAGUUCAAGUCUCCUAUCAGUUUCAGUGGGAGAUGUAACAGUAAACACAGGAUCCUUGAGUAUCAAGAGAAAAACAUGGAAUGAUGAGGUGUCACCUGUUCCACUUAAGAAAAGCGCUUCUGAAAACACCAUACUCCACUUCCAAAAGCUAUUAACAGAGAGAGUGCACACAGUAACAGAAGGCAAAAAGUUACUGUUAGAAAGGCUUUGUAAGCAGGAGGAAAUGCAAGACCUCAACAGAACACAGCGGUAUGCUGAUCCAUCAGCCAUACAACAGGUGUCUGCUGCCGCUCCCGCCGCCGUAGCCAUGGCCCCUGCAGGAUCAGACCUGAAACUUGGUAAAAAAGUUAAUGAAGGUAAAACAAAAGAAGUGUUCGAGCUGCCAGAUAUGCCGGGAUGUGUUCUCAUGCAGUCAAAAGACCAAAUAACAGCGGGAAAUGCGGCCAGGAAGGACCGAAUGGAAGGGAAGGCUGCCAUUUCCAAUACAACAACUAGCUGUGUGUUUCAGUUGCUGCAAGAAUCUGGAAUCAAAACAGCUUUUGUCAGGAAACAGAGUGACACAGCAUUUAUAGCAGCUCACUGUGAAAUGAUCCCAAUUGAAUGGGUGUGCAGAAGAAUUGCUACUGGCUCCUUCCUCAAACGAAACCCUGGUGUUAAAGAAGGGUAUAGGUUCUACCCACCCAAAAUUGAGAUGUUUUACAAGGAUGAUGCUGCUAAUGACCCACAGUGGUCUGAGGAACAGAUAAUUGAAGCAAAAUUCUGUUUUGCUGGACUUACUAUUGGCCAGACUGAAGUGGAUAUCAUGGCUCGUUCUACUCAAGCUAUUUUUGAGAUCCUGGAAAAAUCAUGGCAGCCUCAAAACUGCACUCUCGUAGACCUGAAGAUUGAAUUUGGUGUUAAUGUUCUGACAAAAGAAAUCGUUCUUGCUGAUGUUAUUGAUAAUGAUUCCUGGAGGCUGUGGCCAUCAGGCGACAGAAGCCAGCAGAAGGACAAACAGUCCUACCGUGACCUGAAAGAAGUGACUCCUGAAGCACUGCAGAUGGUUAAGAGAAACUUUGAAUGGGUUGCAGAAAGAGUGGAGUUGCUUCUGAAAACAAAGAGCCAAGGUAGAGUUGUGGUGCUGAUGGGAUCUCCCUCUGACCUCAGUCACUGUGAAAAGAUAAAAAAGGCAUGUGCAACCUUUGGAAUUCCAUGUGAGUUAAGAGUGACCUCUGCUCACAAAGGGCCAGAUGAAACCCUGAGGAUCAAAGCAGAAUACGAAGGAGAUGGAAUCCCAACCGUGUUUGUUGCAGUAGCUGGCAGAAGCAAUGGUUUGGGGCCAGUAAUGUCUGGUAACACUGCUUACCCUGUUGUCAACUGUCCUCCACUGUCAGCUGACUGGGGUACUCAGGAUGUCUGGUCAUCUCUCAGACUACCCAGCGGUCUUAGUUGUCCUACUACUCUGUCACCUGAAGGAGCUGCUCAGUUUGCUGCCCAGAUAUUUGGCUUAAACAACCAUUUGGUGUGGGCCAAACUGCGAUCCAACAUGUUAAACACCUGGAUCUCCUUGAAGCAGGCUGACAAGAAACUUCGAGAGUGCACCUUGUAAGUCAUCCCAACAAGUAACUUCCCUUAGUUAUGCAAAGACGAUGGCGUGCAUAUUCAUUCGCAUUAUGAUUUACACUUGGGUGAGCAUGGGAGUUCUGCAUCCUUUCUUACAGAGAAAGCAUUGAUAGAGCAGCAGAUGAAGUCUGUUGUGUCCUCAUCCUUCCCAUGUGUGGUUUUUUUUAUAUAACAACUUAGUCAAGGAUGGGGAAGUAGUAUUUUAGGUAUUCCUUUCUGUUGCUCCAGAAUGGUGCUGUUUGGCUUUUUAGUGUGUACUGUUAACUACAGACUAUUUCAAGAGAAUGACUUGGCACAAUCUAAGUAGAAUUCAACUAGUACUUUGUUAUUUCUGUGACAGUAAUAUUCUUCCAUAGUAAUAAUGUAUGUCUUGAACCUUACUAACUCGACUGGGCUGCUAGCUGAAGCCAGUGCUGAUGCUGUUCUGCUUGCAAUGAUGAUAUGCUUUCCUUAGCAAUAAAAUGGCAACAUAUGCUAUAUUAAAAGGAAAAGGGGCUGGAAAAGUGGUUUAAGAGCCUGAAAUAAAUACCUGCCUUAUUUAAAAAAUGUAUAUACAUACAUGUCUGUGUUGGUUUUUUUAAUGUGUUUGUAAUGUACCCCACUGGUACCCUCUGGAAUGAUGUGAUAAAGUUGACACCAAUUCUCUUGUUCAUAACAAGCUGUAACUACAAAUGAACAAACAGGUUUGUUGUAGUCGCCUGCUGUAACUCUUACCUAGUCCAGGCUUUGCCCUUUUAAAUACCAAGCAGAUAUCUACCUUCAGUAGUUCUGAAGCACCUGUCUGAUCUUGUCACACUGUCUUCAUACACUUCAGUAACUCUAGCUAUAACAUCUUUAUUUCCUCACACUGUUUCUAUAGAAAACUUCCUGAAGUGGGGAAUCUAAGCAUGACUGUCUUUGCACUCACUGAUCUUCAGAGUACGAUUCUAACAAAUAUGCAAUUACUUGAUGUAUGUAACAUCUAUGCUUUUACAAUUAUAAAUAAACUAUGGAAUUCAAAGCUG